UGAAAACUCCCAGAAAGAAACGCAUUCUCAAAAGUCCAUGCUAGAGUAUGGACAUCACUCUCAGAUCGGUUUUGAAAUGGGCAGUGACAUCGAGUCAAGGUCCGAUGUUUCGUCCGCGAAAGAGUUGCAGAAGGCGACGGACCGACCGACUGCGAUGCCACGGAAUGCCAGCACACCUGCAAACACCAUCUCUGAAGUGACAGAGCAAGCCGCAGUCGACCACGUCCCGUCAGAAGAUGAACAGGGUCCACUCGUUGAUGCUGGUACGCACAAGCGACCGUCAGACUCGGAGAUACUUUCCACGCCACGACGUCCGGUACUCGGCCGCUUGGAUUCUACGAUGGCAGUGGCAGAUCAAGGCUCUCAAAGUAGUUUGAGCAUUGAAUCAGCGACGGCCCUUGCGGCUACUGAGCCCGAUCGCCUUGUAGUCGAUCGAACACCAGAAAGUACCUCUGCAGGGACACCGGUGCGGGAGCGCUCGUCCCAAACUCCUGCAAGACGCACACCGCUUUCAUCGGGAAAGAAAUCUGGACGAAUUGUUAUUUAUGACCCGAAUGAGGACUCAUCGACGGAACCAGGUAUGUAUGCGCCGGAUCGAGGCGAAAUCGAGCAAGAAGAAGAAGUCGCGGAUAACUUAUCCCGUUCUGAUAGAGCGGAAGAGAUUGUCGACAGCAGGAAAGCCCGACGAUCCGCUGGCAGCUUGCCAGCGACACCAGACGACAAAGAAGCUGGCUUUCUUUUGCACGAUACACACCAAACGGGUACCCCGGACAUUGACACAGUUCGGCAGUCUCAAUCUUUGCUACGGAGUGGACGGUUACAGAGAAACACGCUGUUAGAGUCUGAUCGCCAGGAGAGUGAUAGCGAAUCAGUGGCUUCCGUCGUUGCAAAGGUGCUUGACGAUCAGGUGGACUGGUCGUCCAAGACUGUCAUUCAGCUGAAACAAGAACUAGAGAGUCGUGGAUUGUCAACACGGGGCAAAAAAGCGGAGCUCAUUGAUCGCUUGACCGAAACAACUAGUGUUGGAAAGAAGGACGAAGGAGUACAGGAAGAGACGAUCAAAGCCGAAAGUGAUACGACUUCAAACCACGAACGUUUGGACGAAGAGACAUCGAAUGAUGAGUCAUCAGAAGGGGAUACCAAGGUUCCAACGGAACAAGUGAACUGGUCGUCCAGGACAGUCAUCCAACUAAAACAGGAAUUGGAGAGUCUUGGACUAUCCACAAGGGGUAAAAAGGUGGAGCUCGUAGAUCGAAUAUCCGCCGCAAAGAGUGCUGAGGACGAAGACGAAGAAGCAGUUGACGGAACACCCGAAGAAGCCGUACCGUCAGAACUCGAAGACACAGACGGAGAGGCAGUCAUCGACUGGUCCCAAAAAACGGUCGCUGAUCUUCGACGAGAAUUAUCUCGUCGCAACCUGUCAACCAAUGGUCGAAAAGUAGAGCUAGUAGCUCGACUGACACACGGCGAUGAGGAAGUUGAUGGAGUCUCGGUUGCAUCCAGCGAGUCCGCCGGUCAGGAUGAAGGGAUCGAUGAAGGCAAUGGGGACGUUCGUAUUGACUGGUCCAAGAAGACUGUUGCUGAAUUGAGGGCGGAGCUUGGAUAUCGUGGGUUGUCGAAGGAUGGUUUGAAGGCCGACCUAGUCGCCCGAAUGGAACAUACCACCGCUGGCGAAAAGACGGUGACCCCAACGAAAAAACCGGCAACUAGAACGAACGAAGAAACUUCCGUGGCAUCAUCGACUCGGCCCGGUAGUGGGCGCCGCACGCGAGCUCGCGACCACGAGAAGGAGAAGCAGGACGAUCCUGUCGGUAUCGACUACGCCUCGGUAGCCUCUUCGACAGCACGUCCAUCUCGGAAUCGUACCAGAGCCCAAGCCAAUGAUAUAGGUUCCACUACCGGUACUCGUGCUUCGCGACGGGCCACAAGCCGGCGCUCGAAGCGAACCACUCGCUAGUUGCAUUUCUUCGCUUUGCAUGUCGCAAGAAUAAGAGUAGUCUAUUUUGCGUCUAUCAGUAAGUAUGACUCAUGUCAGCUAAAGCACUGUGGCGGCAGAAUCUGGAGAUCUAGCUAGCAUUUUUUGUCUC